GGCGUAAAGAAAGCGGAUAACCCGGAUAACAAAGAAACAUAAGCAGAGACAGGCAUGGACUAGUUGUUACUUCGGUCACUUCCGGCGCGCAAAAUGGAUCUUAAGGAUUUUAAGCUUGCUGACAACUGAUUUCAUCUCAAGGAGUGACAAUUCCAAAUGAAAGUAACCACCAAGAUGCUCACCAAAGGAGGAAACAAGCGUGAAUUGCGCCUGUUAGAGAUUAACGGGACAGGAUUCGUAGUGAUCUUCAACUUCAUGCCGAUGGAAUUCAAUGCUGAGAAAAAUUACCACUACUGGAUGAUGGACUGCAUGUGGCCUGAGCUGGAAAGCCUUGUCCAGAGGUCAUCGCUCAAUCUAGCUGGCCAAACGCCUUAUAAUCACAAGAUUCUGUUAAGUCUGUUCAAAACUGAGGAAUCUGCCAAUUUCAAAGUCAAGAUUUCAUAUGUCCCUGACAUAGGCAGCCUGAAAGAUGCUCUGGAUGUUGAGGAUGACUAUAAUGGUUCAAUUUCUGAAAUUAACAUCAAGGCUGAGGUGCACUUCAAAGGAGACAGAUCCAAACUGAAAGCAGCGCUUGACAUACUGCAACAGUUCAAUGAACCUGAGAACGUUGGUGCUGCAAAGGUUCGUCGCCCAAAAACUCCAAUCAAGAAAAAGCCGUUCAAGCAGCUGCAAAAUUACAGCGGUGACCAGGCAGACAGCGACAUUGAGUGCUUAUCCCCAAAGCCAGAGCCGCUAUGGAAGGCCUCAACGCACAAGGUGGAGGAAAAGCGCAAAAGCACAGACGAUUCGCAGGAGGAGGUGAAGAAAAUCAAAAUCAGCAAAGAGUCGAAGGCGACUGUAAGACAGAAGAAAGGCAGCAAGAGCAAACUGGACAAAAACCAGCCGACUCUGAAAAAUUUCUUCAGCCCGUCGCAGAACAGAGGAAAAUCCAUAUUGUCUCAGGAGGAAGAUGAGAAAAUAGAAAAUAUAUUCUCACUGGAUAGAAAGAGCGACACGACCGACUCGCAGGAGGACAUUUUCGCUGAUGACGGCCAUGUGGUUGCUGAGCUCUCGCCCCUCAAGAAGACUCCAAAGGAAAAUUAUUACACUCCAACCUAUGACUCUGUGUUUGACUCGCCUCAACCAUCCACCUCAAAAUGCAACUUGAGUGAAUCCCAGACUGCCAGGUUUGUCAUGCUGAGUCAGUCUCCAGUCAAAGCAAACACUCCCAUGCGGAAGCAUUCCCAGGAUGAGGACGCCAUUAUCAGGGACAACUAUCCUGAUCCAGAUGAUGCAGAGUACAGAAAAUGCUGCAAACAGUUUAGGAAAGUUUUGGAGAGUGGUGACACGGACGUUAUGGACUGUGCCGUCAUUGAGAAGAUGUUUGAAUCCCACACAGACUACUUGUGGGCUCUGCACAACGGCAAAGUGCCCAGUCUGCUCAGAGAAGAGUUCUUUAAGACUGAAGACAAUGGUUAUGCUAUGCAUUACGAAGAAGGUGGACUGCUCUUCAGCUUUGAAAACAUGAACAUGCUCACUAACAUGGUGGCUCAAACAGUCCACAAAAGCAAGGAUGAUCAAAAUAAGAACAUGAACUACACUAUUAAGGUGUUGAUGCCAGAGCUGAUCGCCAGGAUUGUGAUGUCAGUGUACAAGGUGAGCAAGCAGGAUGCGCUAAAGAAAAUCAGGGACAUCAGCGUCUACCAGUCGCAUAAGAUUUUCAAUUUCUGAUCCUAAGUCACGACAAGACCUUUGUUAUAUUUAAAUCAGAAUGAAGUUUCAGCUAUAGUUCCGCAGAUCUCUUAAGUUAAUAUUACACCGUUCAAGUGGUACUGUUGAUUUUUGAUAAGAACCAUAUUUCAUUAUUUGUCCCUCUGGAAGGUGAGGCGAAAUUUAAUUUCAUUACUAAGGCUAGAAAAGCACCAUUUCCGCCUUUUCCAUUGAAUAGGGAGUUGACUGAUUUGUAUUUGAAACAUUCAGGGGACGAGAAUUUCCUUAAAAUGUGGUGCAUUAUUAAUAUGGUACCGCUCAAAUACAUGAGUACAAGAAAUGAUUGAAAACAUAAAAUGUAAUUGAUAACCGUUGAAUUUGCAAAAUACAAAUAAAUCGUUUAUGGCCUA